AUGGACAAACUACAGGCAUUCCUCCCUUCUGCGGAGAAGGGCUACCUGCCCUACUACCUGUUUUUCAUCUCCAUCGUGUCCAUGGGCAACUCCCUCCAGAACUACGCCACACUGCACUACACGCGGCGCAUCUACAACGGGCGCUUCGUGCCCAACCACUCGCUCCCCCCGGCGACCGAGCGGUACGACCCGGAAGACAGCACCAGCAUCCUCAAGCCGGCCUCGUCGACGGGCAAGGACGCGGAGAAGGCCAAGGACCAGGUGACGCCGCUCGCCGCCCGCCUCUUUGGCACCUACACCUUCGUGGUCGGCAUCAUCCGCCUCUAUGCCUGCUACCAGCUCGAGAACCCGGGCAUGUACCAGCUGGCCAUCUGGACGCACGUCAUUGCCGCGGUGCACUUCACCUCCGAGAUGCUGGUGCUGAAAACGAUCAACUUCUCCGGGCCGCAGACGUUCCCCUUCUUGGCUGCGUACGGCGGCACCGCCUGGAUGCUGUUGCAGUACAACCACUAUGUGCAAUAA